CGCGGCCUCGAGUACGCCGCUGUAAAAAGCCGGGCUCGGCGCUGGUUUUCCAGCGGUGAGAUGGAGGUACUCGAUUAGUUCCUCGGGAGCAUGUUAAAGGCCUAGCAUUUCUGUGUAGCACUUGAUUAGCUACUAUGAGCUUGCUAUAUAGUGAUAACAGUUGUGGAGCUCGAGACGUGGAAAGCGGCUGCUGUGCAGCCAUGGCCAGUGCCUGCAGCGUUGGAGCGAAAGAAGACAGCGUAAGCGUCAGCAGUGGGACUGGAAACCCUCCAAGUUCUUUCACAGAGGAAACACAAGGAUAUGAUGUAGAGUUUGAUCCACCCUUGGAAAGUAAAUAUGAAUGUCCAAUCUGUUUGAUGGCUCUUCGGGAAGCAGUGCAGACACCGUGUGGACACCGUUUCUGCAAAGGCUGCAUUGUCAAAUCAAUAAGAGAUGCAGGUCACAAAUGUCCGGUAGACAAUGAAAUUCUGCUCGAAAAUCAACUUUUUCCUGACAACUUCGCUAAACGGGAAAUCCUUUCAUUAAUGGUUAAGUGUCCCAACAAGGGCUGCGGUAUGAAGAUGGAGCUGAGGCAUUUAGAGGACCAUCAGUUGCAGUGUGAUUUUUCCGCUGUGGAAUGCCCGCAGUGCCAAGGAGCCUUCCAGAAGAACCAUCUGAAAGAGCAUAUGACACAGGAGUGUCCAAGGCGUCAAGUCUGUUGUCCAAACUGUGCCACAUCUAUGGCCUAUGAAGAUAAAGAGCUCCAUGACCAAACCUGCCCACUUGCCAAUGUAUUUUGUGAAUAUUGCAACACAGUGCUCAUCAGAGAGCAGAUGCCUAACCAUUAUGACAAUGAUUGUCCUACUGCCCCAGUGCCAUGUUUUUACAGUGCCUUUGGGUGUCCUGAAAAGAUGCAAAGGAAUGAACUGGCACGACAUAUGCAGGAGUUCACUCAGGUUCACAUGAGAAUGAUGGCUAAGAGUUUUCAAAAUAUCAGUGUUACUGCUACAAAUCCUGUACCCUUCAUCAAUGGCCUACCCUUUGAGCCUGCGCUCUUCUCACACGUGUCACAUGCCGCAUAUGAUUGCAAUCCAGAAGUUGAAAACUUCAAAGAAACUAUUCAGCAGUUGGAAGGUCGUCUGGUAAGACAAGAUCACCAAAUCAGAGAACUCAUUGCUAAAAUGGAGACUCAGAACACUCACAUGGCAGAACUCAAACGUACUAUCCGAAAUUUGGAGGGAAAGAUUACUGAAAUGGAGGCACAACAAUGUAAUGGUAUUUAUAUCUGGAAGAUCGAGAACUUCAGUGGACUUCAGAAAGCCCAGGAAGAAGAGAGACCUGUUGUGAUGCACAGUCCUGGCUUCUAUACUGGAAAGCCUGGCUACAAACUGUGUUUGCGCCUGCAUAUCCAAUUACCAAAUGCUCAGCGUUGUGCUAAUUUUAUAUCUCUGUUUGUCCACACUAUGCAAGGAGAGUAUGACAGCCAUCUGCCUUGGCCUUUCCAAGGCACUAUACGACUUUCUAUUUUGGAUCAAUCAGAAGGCCCUGAAAGGCAGAAUCAUGAAGAAGUAAUGGAAGCCAAGCCAGAGUUACUAGCCUUCCAGAGACCAACAAUUCACCGCAACCCAAAAGGUUUUGGUUAUGUGACUUUCAUGCACCUGCAAACCUUGAAACAAAGAACCUUCGUAAAGGAUGAUACCCUUCUGGUGCGCUGUGAAGUUCUAACGCGUCUAGAUUUAAACAGUCUCCGCAGAGAAGGAUUUCAAGCUCGGAGUACUGAUGGAGCUAUGUAGCCUGUAAGUCUUAACCCAAGGAAUGGAGCCACUAGUCAUGUUCUUCCACCACAGAUUACAAGCAUGCUUCAUCAUCAAUAUAGGCUGCAUUUGUAAAAGAUCAUAGUUGCCACUAUAGUUGAUCUUCACCCAAAUAGAACUUUUGUUGUUGCUGGUAUACUUUUUUUCUGUAUGAGGUCAUGUGUUCAAAUAUUUGGUAUUGUUCUCUAUUAAAGUAAUAAGCUACUUCCGUAGCAAGCUAACUAAAUGAAGUGUUGUUAAUCAAAACUUAACUGCCUACAGGAAAAUCCUAAUGAAGUACCUGUACAUCUCAGUUUGGUAAAACUUAAGUCAUAUCAGAAAAGACCUGUAAAUCUUUUUGCCUCAGUGCCUUGGAAUAGAUACUGUAGCAGGGAAAUUGCUAAGUUAAAGAUGAGGUUUGUUUGUUUGUUUGUUUUUCACAGAGCUUGGGAAAGUUGAGACAGUUUCUCUAUUGACUUAUCUAGAAUUUUGAAUUGGCUAUGCUUGUCUUGAAAUCUGAAGUCAGGUUAAGACUUUGCUCACAUCACCAAGGGUUGAGGUAUGCUUUGACCCUUCCCUCCUGUGGAGUUAGCUUCAGGAAGUUGCAUGUCGAUGUAGAGUUGAUACUGGUAUUUCUGAAAGACAUGUGGUAGUGUUGUGGAGAAGGCUAAAGGACUCUUGAGCUGAAUUCACUGAAGAAAUAUUUGUAAUGUGGUCUGAAAGGGCCUCCCCUAAUUCUCUUUAUUUUGAUAAAUCUUUUUGUGCUCUGGGCCCAGAAUGUCAAUCACCAUCACCAGAGGGUUGAAAGUGCAGCAUUUGAAUGAGAUACCUUUGUGCUGGUGGGAUCUCCUCCUAGUGCUGGGCAUUUUUCAGGUUGUGAGUGGAUACAUGAGCAAAGGCAUGUACUAACUAGAUAGGGUGAUGGCAGAGUUUGUUUUAUUGUUGUUGAAACCUGAAUUUGUACCAAAGCUGAACUUG